GGCACAAGUAACCGGCUCACCCAGUUGGGCACUUUUGAAGACCACUUUCUCAGCCUUCAGAGGAUGUUCAAUAACUGUGAGGUGGUCCUUGGGAAUUUGGAAAUCACCUACAUGCAAAGGAAUUACGACCUUUCCUUCUUAAAAACUAUCCAGGAAGUUGCCGGCUAUGUACUCAUUGCCCUCAACACAGUGGAGAAGAUUCCUUUGGAAAAUCUGCAGAUCAUCCGAGGAAAUGUGCUCUAUGAAAACACCCACGCCUUAUCCGUCUUAUCCAACUACGGCACAAAUAGAACCGGACUGCGGGAGCUGCCCAUGAGAAAUUUACACGAAAUCCUGCAGGGCGCUGUGCGUUUCAGCAACAACCCUGUCCUCUGCAACGUGGAGACCAUCCAGUGGCGAGAUGUCGUUCACAGCGAUUUCAUAAGCAACAUGUCGAUGGACUUCCAGAACCACAUGGGCAACUGCCAAAAGUGUGAUCCAGGCUGUCCCAAUGGAAGUUGCUGGGGUCCGGGAACGGAGAAUUGCCAGAAAUUGACCAAAAUCAUCUGCGCCCAGCAGUGUUCGGGGCGCUGCCGCGGCAGGUCCCCCAGCGACUGCUGCCAUAACCAGUGUGCCGCUGGCUGCACAGGGCCCCGUGAAAGCGACUGCCUGGUCUGCCGCAAGUUCCGGGAUGAAGCCACGUGCAAAGACACCUGCCCGCCACUCAUGCUCUACAACCCCACCACCUACCAGAUGGACGUCAACCCAGAGGGAAAAUACAGCUUCGGCGCCACCUGCGUGAAGAAAUGCCCCCGUAACUACGUGGUGACAGACCACGGUUCGUGUGUCCGUGCCUGCAGUUCUGACAGCUAUGAGGUGGAGGAAGAUGGCGUCCGCAAGUGUAAAAAGUGUGAGGGGCCUUGCCGUAAAGUUUGUAAUGGAAUAGGAAUCGGUGAAUUUAAAGACACACUUUCCAUAAAUGCUACAAAUAUUAAACACUUCAAAAACUGCACAUCAAUCAGUGGAGAUCUUCAUAUCCUACCAGUAGCAUUUAGAGGUGACUCCUUCACACGCACUCCACCUCUAGAUCCAAAGGAACUGGAUAUUCUAAGAACUGUAAAGGAAAUAACAGGAUUUUUGCUGAUUCAGGCCUGGCCUGAAAACAGGACUGACCUCCAUGCUUUUGAGAACCUAGAAAUCAUACGUGGGAGAACAAAGCAACAUGGUCAGUUUUCUCUUGCGGUCGUUGGCCUGGACAUAACGUCCUUGGGAUUACGUUCCCUCAAGGAGAUAAGUGAUGGAGAUGUGAUCAUUUCAGGAAACCAAAAAUUGUGCUAUGCAAAUACAAUACACUGGAAAAAACUGUUUGGGACUCCAAGUCAGAAAACCAAAAUUAUAAACAACAAGGAUGAAAAAGGCUGCAAGGCCAUAGGCCAUGUCUGUCAUCCAUUAUGCUCAUCAGAGGGCUGCUGGGGCCCGGAGCCGAAAGACUGUGUGUCCUGCCAAAAUGUCACCCGUGGGAAGGAAUGCGUGGAGAAGUGCAAUGUUCUGGAGGGGGAGCCAAGGGAGUUUGUGGAGAACUCCGAGUGCAUACAGUGCCAUCCGGAAUGCCUGCCCCAGGCCAUGAAUGUCACCUGCACAGGACGAGGACCAGACAGCUGUGUGCAGUGUGCCCACUACAUCGACGGACCGCACUGCGUCAAGACCUGCCCGGCGGGCGUCAUGGGGGAAAACAACACCCUGGUCUGGAAGUUCGCAGACGCCAAUCGCAUGUGCCACCUGUGCCACUCAAACUGUACUUACGGCUGCGCCGGGCCAGGUCUUGAAGGCUGUGCACCAGACGGGCCCAAGAUCCCAUCCAUUGCCACAGGGAUUGUCGGCGGCCUCUUCUUGGUGGUAGUGGUGGCCCUUGGGGUGGGCCUCUUUCUGCGCCGGCGCCACAUCGUCCGCAAGCGCACACUUCGCAGACUGCUGCAAGAGAGAGAGCUCGUUGAGCCUCUUACACCCAGCGGAGAAGCUCCCAAUCAAGCUCUCUUGAGGAUCUUAAAGGAAACAGAAUUCAAAAAGAUCAAGGUGCUGGGUUCUGGAGCAUUUGGCACAGUGUACAAGGGACUCUGGAUCCCAGAAGGUGAGAAGGUUAAAAUCCCAGUGGCCAUCAAGGAGUUAAGAGAAGCCACGUCUCCAAAAGCCAACAAGGAAAUCCUUGAUGAAGCCUACGUGAUGGCCAGUGUGGACAAUCCCCACGUGUGCCGCCUCCUGGGCAUCUGCCUGACGUCCACAGUCCAGCUCAUCACACAGCUCAUGCCCUUCGGCUGCCUCCUGGACUAUGUCCGCGAGCACAAGGACAACAUUGGCUCCCAGUACCUGCUCAACUGGUGUGUGCAGAUCGCAAAGGGCAUGAACUACCUGGAAGAUCGGCGCCUGGUGCACCGUGACCUGGCAGCCAGGAAUGUCCUGGUGAAGACGCCACAGCACGUCAAGAUCACAGAUUUUGGGCUGGCCAAACUGCUUGGUGCCGAGGAGAAAGAAUACCACGCAGAAGGAGGCAAAGUGCCUAUCAAGUGGAUGGCUUUGGAAUCCAUCUUACACCGAAUUUAUACCCACCAAAGUGAUGUCUGGAGCUAUGGAGUCACCGUUUGGGAGUUGAUGACCUUUGGGUCUAAACCUUACGAUGGAAUCCCGGCGAGUGAGAUCUCAACCAUCCUGGAGAAAGGAGAGCGCCUCCCGCAGCCGCCCAUAUGCACCAUCGAUGUCUACAUGAUCAUGGUCAAGUGCUGGAUGAUAGAUGCAGACAGUCGCCCGAAAUUCCGUGAGUUGAUCAUUGAGUUCUCCAAAAUGGCCCGAGACCCCCAGCGCUACCUUGUCAUCCAGGGAGAUGAGAGAAUGCACCUGCCAAGCCCUACGGACUCCAAUUUUUACCGCGCCCUGAUGGACGAGGAGGACAUGGAGGAUGUCGUAGAUGCUGAUGAGUACCUCAUCCCUCAGCAGGGCUUCUUCCACAGCCCCUCCACAUCCCGGACCCCCCUCCUGAGUUCUCUGAGUGCCACCAGCAACAAUUCCACCGUGACUUGCAUCGAUCGAAACGGGAGCUGCCCCCUCAAGGAAGACAGCUUUUUGCAGCGGUACAGCUCAGACCCCACUGGCACCUUGAUUGAGGACAACCUGGAUGACACUUUCCUCCCGGCGCCUGAAUACAUAAAUCAGUCUGUUCCCAAGAGGCCUGCAGGUUCUGUCCAGAACCCCGUGUAUCACAAUCAGCCUCUAAAUCCAGCUCCUGGCAGAGACCCUCACUACCAAAAUCCCCACAGCAAUGCAGUGGGCAACCCGGAGUAUCUCAACACCAACCCAACCUGCGUCAACAGUGUGCUGGACGGCCCCGCCCUCUGGGCCCGGAAAGGCAGCCACCAGAUUAGCCUGGACAACCCUGACUACCAACAGGACUUCUUUCCCAAGGAAGCCAAGUCAAAUGGCCUCUUUAAGGGUCCUGCAGCUGAAAAUGCAGACUACCUGAGGGUAGCACCCCCCAGCAGUGAAUUUAUUGGAGCAUGACCUUGGAGGACAGCAUCGGCCAUAACAGUCUCCGAUGUUUCAGCCCCUGGGUCAAGCCACGGCAGCUACUCCAGUGCUGAUAAUCAUGCCCAUGUUAACUCUUGGACCCACGGACUGGGUCAGCCAUAUUUGCUCCGAUGCACCCAUCUUUGGCCCAGGAGGUGCCCCUGACUUGGAUGUACUUUGGGGAAGUUUCUGGGACAUUCCUUUGUCCUCAAACUCAGAGGCCUCCUCUAAAAGGCAUCGAGCAAGAGUAUUGUCUGUUUGGGCAGAAGUUCACCUUGCAGUGAGGUACAUCUGAGGAAAAAACCUGUAUAAGGAGUUUUAUUGCUUGGGGGCCCUUGGGGUUUUUAAUUGUCGUUGUUGAUUAUAUUGUUAAUGGGCUUUUCCGUGAGGAGGAAGCUUGCUCAUGGCACUUGCUGCACUGAGUUGAUCCAGGCCCAACUGUGACCAAGAAGCCAGAGUCAGCGUCUUCCAGCUAACAUUUGAUUCCACUGACUCUGCUUCACGAUUCUUCCAUUGCAAGACAAUUAACAAAACUAGAAGUGCUCUAUGUCCUGAGGAGGACUUACUGGUACUGUAUCACAUCACUGCAGGUACGAGAGGAUAAAGCCACUUUGAACCCUUCCUGAAGGGAGAAGAAACGGAGAGGGGAGGACUCUUCUUCAGACUUCUUUUUAUACAAGUUUCCUCACGGUACUUACUCUCCAUGGGUGUUUUCUAGUUAGAAGUAUUAGAUGAACUUGUUUAUUUUCCAUUCCACUGAAACUCAGUAUGCCUUCCCUGUCAGUAAGAGGAGACGGUACAACAAACCACAUCCAGCAUCAGCUCCUACUGAGACCAGUAGCCUUCAAUCAAGGUGGAACAGUAAUGCAAAAGUUCACGUAAGAACGUGACUCUCAAACUUGAGUCUCAGAGGAAAUACAUCAAGUCCCUUAGGGGUCAAGGAGUGGGCGUAUAUCAGGACACUGCCGAGGUAAAGCCACUCCUAAAACAUGAUCAAUCAGCCUCCCACCUCCACCCCCCACUAUCAGAUUAGGCUUCUUAUGGGAGAUCAGUUUCUUUUUAGGUCACUUUAGAAGAUUUUUGCUCAAAGGGUACUUUUUUCAUCUCUGGUGAGCUGCCCCCAAAGUCCCUCCUCACUCUUCCAGGAAUGAAGGGACCCAGGCUUUGGGGCCCCUGUGCAGGAACGUUCUAUAGCCCUCCCCACCGGGGGUGCGUUUUACAGGGGGAAAUAAAGGCAACAUUAUAUACAGGGGAAUGAAAGCGGUAAAGAUGAAAUCAGAGUUUGAAAUUGUUGAUAAUGCCUUAACAACAUCUACGGGUAUUUUAGAAAAAGAAAAUUCCCUCUUAAGACGAUCUCCCUGUUAUUGGAAGAUGCAGCUAAUUUAGGGCAUGACAUGUUUUUUCAACCUGUGUCCCGGCAGUCUGAUCAGUUCAUGGCAGUGCUUGGUGGACUGUGUUUUAAACACUCUUAGUCAACAUCCAGAUUAUCGAGGGAAGAAUGUUGCAGACAGUAAUACAGCCUACGGAUGUGUUCAGCCACACACACACACACACACACACACACACACACACUUGUCCUUCUGCUGUUAAAUUAUUGAUUCUCAGGUCAGGGCUGUAUAGCUUUGUUACCAAAAUAUUGACCUUGUCCCAAUGGUACUCAAUGCUCUGAAGCAACUAUCCUAGCCCAGCAUAAGCACUCAAGAUAUAAAAAUAAAUGAAGCAUAAUUGGUGGUUCCAAGAAAGUCACAAUGUAGCACAGGGAAUUGACUCAUACAUGCCAACCUUAAAGCAACACAGUGGAUGCUAGGCAAGACAGGUCAGCCGAGCAUGGACCGCACAGAACAGGGAAUAGUGGGUGGAUCCUGCCUGGGGAGACCUGGAAGCCUCCUUGGGGAGGGAGUGGUGGAGUUGGGCCAAAACAUGACCAGGGUCUUAGCCAUAGGGGAAAUGGGAAGCGUGUUCCCAUCAGAGGAAAACUUGACCAAGAAAGCAUCUGUCAGAGGAACCACUAAUGAAGUGGGGGAAAAGGCUGCAUUAGGUCGCCUUUACAAGCUGUCCCUUUAAGCCUGGCAACUAGCCAGUAGCUUUCCCCAAGUGCCCUACACAUGGGUCCUUCUGGGCAUUUGAAAAUGAUUAGUGAAAAGAUUAAACAUCGUUCUAAGAAUCUAAAAUUCUAUGCCAGUGUCAGUAAACCACUUUCGUUAUUUAUCCACCCCAGAAAUAAAUAUUUUAGUCAGAAGUUUGUUCAGCCCCGGGAAACGGAAUGAUACGCAUUUUGUUACCACUUACUUGUCCAGAAGCAAGUGACUGAUGAGAGGAGCAACUGAAUGUGUCAGUUCAACAGUAGCAGUUAAAUCCUAGUAUUUUUGUAAUUUGCAGUAUUUUAGUAUAACAUAAUAAAACAGCAAAAACUAUUCAAGCUUUUUCUUUUUUGUAUUUCAGUUUUCCUGCAUCAAAUCUAGUUGCUAAAUUCUCUUCAUUGUAGAACUGCAUUUCCCAGAAUGUCCUCACUGUGGCUAGUCAGGGCGGUGCAGAGGGGGCUUCUAGAUGCUUCAGAGCCUGGGAAUGCAGAGCCUGAGUCAGGGCCCCCUUCAUCACUGUAGGCAGAUGAGGAGAGGGCUCCCCACAGCACCAGUAUUUCCGUUUCAUGCCCUGAUUGGCCAGAGUUCAAAACUUCUACACUGUCUCUUCAGUCCUCCUUAAUGACACUGGGUUUGAAGACCCUAGAGAGAGCCUGUUCCUUCCUCAGUCAGUUCCUGGAAACGUUCCCCUGGCCCCACCUCAGAUCUGGCUUUUGGAAACAGUUUAGGGAAAAGGAACCGUUGGAAGCACUUACCCUGGACCAGUGUCCUCACACAUCUCCUAUACACUUUAAGGAGUCCCUGCAGUCAAUGCUCUAUGAAAAAUGUUCCAUCACCUCCCAAAGUAUAAAAGAUGAAUCUUCCAAAUUCUAGAUUUGCUGAGACACGGUUGUCACUCGUUUUGUAACCAGCAGUGCUGUGGAGGCACCAAAUUGCAUCCCAGUUGAGAACAAGAUUUAGGUAUUUGUUGAAAGUGCUUCAUCUGGGCCUGAAAGAUUCCGACUUAAUUUGGCUCAGGUGUAACCUGGGCCCAUGGGCUUUUCAGAGCUUCCCCAGGUUAUUCUGAUGAGCACCAAAGAUUUGGGAACCACUGGCAUAAAGGAAAGGCGUAUGGGGAGACCCAUCCCUUGGCUGGAGGCAUCCUGCUGGCCCGUUGCACACUUGCCAGGCCUUGGGUUACGCAAGCAGGAAUGAAGCUGUUGGGUUAUGGUGACCUGCAGAUCUCACCCUUGCUGCCAACCAGAAGCACCUGGUGAGCUUAAAAAGAAGGGGCAGGGUCCGCACAGACCAAUAUAAGUGGACUCUCGGGGGCUCCCCAUGUGAUCCUAAUAGGCAAGCAGAGUUGAAACCCUCAUCUCUAAGGUGACCUGCAGUACUCUAUACCGUGCCACCAAGUCAGGGCAGAAUAGAAAAGCCUGAGUCAGGUAAAAGGAGGUGGUUGAGUCCUUAAUGUUCCUGAGACUUGGCCGCCAGUGACCAUUCCAAAGCCUCUAAUUCUUUGUCAAUAGCAGCUUACCCUGAAAGUGGCAAACACCCAAAUUGGAGCUUCAGUAAAGCCCUGGAACAGUUUGCGUCUUCUAAGAAGUUAGAAAAAUCAACCUCUUCUGCAUUGAACAAGGUGCUUGGUGCUCGCUCCAAGUGACAGCUGGUGGAAUUGCCCUCAAUGUCUACUUUGCAUUUCUUUCUCUUGAUAAGUGAAUGUUUUUAUUACAACAUAAUGAUCUGUUUGUAUUUCCUUGCCCACGGGCUGUAAAACCUCUGAAAAGAAAUCCCUGCCUCUAUUACCAGCCACAUCUGUCGUAUCGGGGGCAUACAUUUUUGUACUAUGAAAGACACCUUCAGAUAGAGUUUGUAAAUGUUCAUCUAUUUUUGUAACUUUUUUGAGGACUAUUAGCCUCUCAUGUAGCACUGAACUUUAUAUAAGGUAUGUUUUUAGAAAAACUCAUUUUUCUACUACAGCUUAGAAAGACUGAAACAGAAUCAAAAUUAGAAACUGAAAUCUUUGUUUGAAGGGAUUUAAUUUAACCAAGGGAAUAGUUUCUUAUAAAAAGGCACAGCCUCAUUGCAGAGCUAAGUUAGGUCAUUGUCCUGAUAAAGAGGAAUCAUGCUUUUUAUAUUUAUAAAAUGAGAAAAGGUAAAAACCAUAUAUGGCUUAGCCUUCUUCUAAAGCAGGCUCUGUCAAUGUUAGAGGAAAAGAAUGACUUUGUUAUUGCUAACACAGAUCCAACUGCAAGCUACACCCUACUCAACUGCCAGCAUGAUCCUGUCUGUGUAAGAAAAAAAAAAUAAUAAUAAUAUAGCACUUUGUUGGCUUAUAUAUACUAAUCUGACUUUGAUACAAAUUAUUCUAUUUUUAUAUUUACAAUUGAUAUGCAUUUACCAAUAGACUAGACAUAUCUGCAGAGCCCUAAUAAUGUACAGCAUGUUUUGGUUACUCAGUACAUUAAUGAAGUCCAUGUUUCCCAAUCCUUCUAAUGACCCCACCUGCCCAUCCCAGAAAAAAAGUGUUUUCAGCCCCUGGCUGCACAGUGAAAUCCCUUGGAGAGCUUUUGGAACUAGUGAGGUCCAGCCCCACCUCAGACCAAUUCAAUACAAAUCUUUAUGGGUGAAACCAAGGCAUCUGUGCUUUUGAAAGCUCUUAAGGGUCAUUCUGAUGGACAGCCAAGGUUGAGAACCACCAAUCUAGGUGACUGGACAACUCGAUGCUUCAAGGACCUCAUUGCCCGUUGCUGGCGGGCAGGACCAUGGAUGAAUGGAGGUUCCAUGACAAGCUGCCCAAGCACUAGAAGGGAGAGGGUUUAACCAAUUGAUGAAAAGGGAAGGAAAUAUGGAACAGACACCUUUUUCCAUUUCCUCUAUUAAAGGUGGACUGGUGGUAUAAUAAAGAUAGGGAGCACUCUUGCUGCUGGUCCAACCAACAUGGCAUCCAUCCACAACCUUUAUUUCCCAGGGAGAAAGAAAACAUUAACAUAUCAGUUACAUUAUAAAAGAGAGACAUUAUGUGUAAGUAGUUAGAUGGCUUUUACAAAAACAAGAGUCCAAGAAAAGGAUUCUUGCUUUAAGAAACACUUUUAUAUAUUUUUCAUACAUUGCAGCUGGAAAAAAAAAACCUGAAGCAAUUAGGAUUGUUUUCUCUUCCAUGGUUAAAAUUGGCCUCCAAGGUCACAGGUCUGUCCUGUCUCAAUAGCCCACAGAAGUUCGUACCAUGCACCCCCAUCCUAUCGCCUUGCAUAUAAAACUUCAAAGGAAAGCAUAAAUAUUUUUUCUUAGGUGCACUUAAUUAUUGUUAUUUUUAAACCCUUUUGACAUGAUUUGGUUACAAAAUAAUCUUAUACUGUAACACCAUCUCUUGGAAAUGAAGAGAUCCUAUAGAUCUGUUGGGUGACCAUGUCGAGUUCACAACAGAGAGCAAUACCUUCAUUUCUGAAACAAGCAAGCAAUAGCUUUAUAGCUUCUAUGUACGUACGGUACGUCUUAACAAUGUAAGUUUUGCUGUGAUGAAAGCAAUAUGUGUACAAAUGAAAAGCAAGAUUCUCUUUCACAUGGUUUACACUGUUGAUCAGAACAUGUUGAUUGUAUAUUGAGUAUUAAAAAAUUAGAUGUAUAUUAUUCAUUGUUCUUUACUUAUAAGUAAUAAUAUUGUAUCCUUUGUUAACAAUGCAGUGUUGGCAGUAGUUAUUAAUCAUAUCUGACCUACUGUAGAUAUUCUUUCCUGAUAACUUUUUUAAAUUAAUUAAUAAAUUCUAUUUUUAGAGCGG